UACUCCAUGUCAGAUUCCAACACAACUGACUUCACCAACCCCUCCACCUUCAUCCUGCUGGGCAUUCCAGGCCUGGAGGCGGCUCAUGUCUGGAUCUCCAUCCCCUUCUUCACCAUGUACGCCAUAGCCAUCUUCGGGAACUUUGCUAUCCUGUUCAUCGUGAAGAGGGAGCCAAGCCUCCAUGGGCCCAUGUACUAUUUCCUCUGCAUGCUGGCCAUCACUGACCUGGUCGUGUCCACAUCCACCCUGCCCAAAAUGCUGAGCAUCUUCUGGUUCAGUUCCAGGGAGAUCGACUUCAGUGCCUGCCUCACCCAGAUGUACUUCUUUCACUGCUUUUCAGCAAUGGAGUCUGGGAUUUUCGUGGCCAUGGCUUUCGAUCGUUAUGUGGCCAUCUGCAAUCCCCUGAGACAUUCCACCAUCCUGACAAACCCUCUGGUGGCCAAGAUUGGCCUGGCCGUGGUGCUGCGUGGCAUCAUGCUCAUACUGCCCCAUCCUGUCCUUGCCAGAAGGUGGCCAUAUUGUAGAACCAACAUCAUUUCCCACACAUACUGCGAGCACAUGGCCGUGGUGAAUCUGGCCUGUGCCGACAUCCGCAUCAGUAGUUACUAUGGUCUCUUUGUGGUAUUCUCUGUGAUCGGUCUGGAUGUUUUUUUUAUUGUUGUGUCCUAUAUCCAGAUCCUCAGGGCCAUCUCCAUCCUCCCCACAAAGGAUGCCCAGCUCAAGACUUUUGGGACCUGCAUCUCCCACCUCUGUGUCAUCUUAGCCUUUUACAUCCCAGGUCUCUUCUCCUUCCUCACACACCGGUUUGGCCACAAUGUGCCCCUGCACUUCCACAUUCUCAUUGCCAAUGUUUACCUCCUCGUGCCCCCCAUGCUAAACCCCAUCAUCUACGGGGUAAGGACCAAACAGAUCCGGGACAGGCUGCUCCAGCUUUUUACUCAUAAAGGGACCUAA